AUGGAGACGAAACUAUUAAUGAGCACGUCAUUUCACCCUGACACGGACGGACACACCGAGAGGACCAUCCAAACAUUGGAGGAUAUGUUGAGGGCAUGUGUAAUGGAAUAUCAAGGUUCGUGGGAAGACCACCUGGAUUUGAUUGAGUUCUCCAACAACAAUAGUUACUAUGCAAGUAUUGGGAUGCCACCAUUUGAAGCCCUAUACGGGAGGAAAUGUAGAAGCCCGGUCUGUUGGAGUGAUAUCAGUGAAACAAUGGUACUUGGACUGGAUAUGAUUGAAGACAUGGUUAAACAAGUCAAAUUGAUACAAGAAAAGAUGAAAGCAGCCCAAGACAGGUUGAACUUACCCGGUGAGCUAGAAAAGGUCCAUAACGUAUUUCAUGUGAGCCAACUCCGGAAGUAUGUACCUGAUACGACUCAUGUAUUACAACCCGAGAACAUAGAAAUGGAGGAAAACCUGACUUAUGAGGAAAGACCUGUCAAAAUUCUGGAUACUAAAGUCAGGAGCACAAGAAACAAGGAUGUGAGAAUCGUAAAACUGUUAUGGACAAAUCACAGAAUUGAGGAAGCAACAUGGGAAGCUGAAGCCGAUAUGCGAAAGCGCUACCCGGAACUUUUUCUUGAGGUUAGUGGUCGAGUUACGAAGGUGUAA